CCGCCUACAAGUCCUCUUCCAGGGCACACAUUACCCAUGAGCGACUUUCCCCGUGUGUUAAAGCAAGAUGGCAGCUGUUGUUGAGAAUGUUGUCAAACUCUUGGGAGAGCAGUACUACAGAGAUGCCAUGGAGCAAUGUCAUAAUUACAAUGCCAGGCUUUGUGCUGAGAGAAGUGUCCGGAUGCCCUUCCUCGACUCUCAGACCGGAGUGGCUCAGAGCAACUGCUACAUCUGGAUGGAGAAGAGACACAGGGGACCAGGCAUGGCUCCAGGGCAGCUCUACACCUACCCCUCCAGGAGGUGGAGGAAGAAGCGGAGAGCUCACCCUCCAGAGGACCCCCGACUUAUCUUCCCCCCUCUGAAGACAGAGCUGGAUUUAGGGUUGAAGAAAGACACGCUGCUGUCGUCGGACGGCAGCAGCCUGGAGGCCCUUCUGAAGGGGGAAUCUCUUGACAAGCGAGCGUCCGCGGAGCUCCGAGGCUCCGAGGAAGAGCCCAGCCUGAGUGACAUCACCACGGGCCUGAACCCCGCCGCCCGCAUUAGGAAGAGAAUUCUAGAGCCGGACGACUUCCUGGAUGACCUGGACGAUGAAGACUACGAGGAAGACACGCCUAAAAGGAGAGGCAAAGGGAAGGGCAAGGGUCGAGGAGUGAGUAGCAACCGGAAGAAGCUGGAUUCAGCGGCUCUGGAGGACAGAGACAAGCCGUACGCCUGUGACAACACUAUCAAACAAAAGCAUAUUUCAAAACCUUCUGAAAGAGUCUGUGGGAAGCGCUACAAGAACCGUCCCGGCCUGAGCUACCACUACGCCCACUCCCACCUGGCUGAGGAGGAGGGCGAGGAGAAGGAGGAGAUGGAGAUCAGCGAGCCUCCCCUGCCUCUGCCCGAAGAGCCCAAGACUCCCAAGAAAGGCCCAGAUGGUCUCGCGUUGCCGAAUAAUUACUGUGAUUUCUGCCUGGGAGACUCCAAAACCAAUCACAAGACCGGCCAGUCAGAGGAGCUGGUGUCCUGCUCGGACUGUGGACGCUCGGGUCACCCCUCCUGCCUGCAGUUCACUCCAGUAAUGAUGGCUGCUGUGAAAACCUACCGCUGGCAGUGUAUAGAGUGCAAGUGCUGCAACAUGUGCGGCACCUCGGAGAAUGACGAUCAGCUUCUGUUCUGUGAUGACUGUGAUAGAGGAUAUCACAUGUACUGCCUCAGCCCACCCAUGUCCGAACCUCCAGAGGGGAGCUGGAGCUGCCAUCUAUGCUUGGACCUUUUGAAAGACAAGGCAUCCAUAUACCAGAAUCAGAACGCCCCACCAUCAUGAUGGCCGCCCACCUGCACACACUCACCACCGUCCUGCAGCAGUAUGGUUGCCCUUCAAGAGAGUGACACCUCCCGUGACGAGCUGACCUAGGCGGGAGUGUGGCAGAGGAGAUGAUGAAUUGUGAAAAGGGAAGUAUAACUUACCAAACUGGCCUCAAUUUGCUUCAUAUGACUGUUACACAGUUUCCAAGCUCAGAUUCAGUCCCAUCGAUUUUUAUUUUCAACUCUUUGCCAUACAGCCAAUUUGAGCAGCACCGAAUUACACCUAGACACACAGCAGCAGAAAUAGCCAAAUUCUCACAUCCUGCUUUUUUGUUUUAUUUGUUUUUGUUUUUAAACACUCAUACCUGCACAUACUUGCUAAAAUCCUGCCUCUAUCCUGCAAUGUACUGAUUUUGCGACUAGAGCAGAAAUACAGCUCAGAAUUAAGAAGCAUGCCAAUGCUUGCUCAUCAUAAAAGAGACAUUUUUUAAAUAUUUAUAUAUUUGUAUGGCAUAUAAUGGUGUGAAAUAUGUACAAGUUAAUGGACAAGAAAAUGGUCAUGUAAUGGUCUUUUUAUUAGUGCCCAUCUUUUAUCAUUAUGGAAAAAUAUCCAUAGCCACAUUUUCUAUUGUAGCAGUGCUGAUAUUCAGAAAGGUGAUCGGUUUGAUAGAAUUUAAAGGGAUCUUCUGAAGCUGUACGUAAAUGUUGUUCCAUCCCAUCCACAGCCGCUGGCCACACUGGCCCUGCGAGUGUUGACAGACUUAAAGGUCACAAUGGCUGCCAAGGGCUCAAGGAGUGUAGGGAGGUGGAGUUGGCUCUGAUGGUCAAGGUUAGCUCAGGUUGUGUGUGAGAUCGGUGAACUGAGCUGCACUGGGCUCAAGCUGAGACGUGGAUCCAGCCGUGUUCCACACAUUUCCCUCGUUUCCCUCAGCCUUGGUACCAACACGGUUGGCUCUUCACUCUGCUCCACUGACCAAGAAGACUUGAUGCUAAAACUUUGCUCAGUCCACAAAUUGCCCGCCUACUCCUCGCUUUGCUUUUUCGACUUUUUCUCUCCUCCUCCUUCUUCUUCUCCUUCUUCUUCCAGUCAAGUCAAUCAAAACAGAUUAUUUGCACCGUCAGCCAGGUAAAGGGACAUGAAGCCUCUGUCACUGUUUAAGCAGUUUGUUGGUCACACGCACUUUGACCAUAUGCAGCAUCUGUUGAAGCAUUGCAAGAUUAUUUUUCUGUAUUUUUGCAGUCUGCGGCCUUUCCUUUGCUCACUUGCUGAGUGUGUAAAAGCAAUAGAAGAGCUUCUGUUGGAUGUUUUUGACGACAGGGACUCACGGCACAGUCGGCUCAGACUCUGCUGCCAGAUCUGUUCCUUCUCUGAAGAUGCUAUCACAGAUAUGGGGCCUAAGGGUGACAGCUGUGGAUGGCUUAUGAAACUCCAUGUUUUAGAGAGAUUGUAUAAUGUGUGUGUGUGUGUGUGUGUGUGUGUGUGUGUGUGUGUGUGUGUGUGUGUGUGUGUGUGUGUAUGUGUGUGUUCUUAUGAAGAGACACUUCUUUUUGUCACUGCUUUCCUAGUUUUAUUAUGCAGUGGUUUCCCUCUGUGGCAGGGCGUAAUGAAAAAGUGUGGCUGGAGUGCACAGCAGUCGUUUUACCUCAAACAGUGGCAGUAUUUGGAGGGUCGCUACAUCCUGUAGAUAGAUGGUGCAGAGGCAGAGGGGUGACAGAUGCAGAGUCUGCUUUAUUAACUGCAUAUUCUACAAUCAAACAAGUGCAUGCUCAGUAGUUGUCUGCACUCUCAUAUGCUAAGUAGUUUUCUCAGCGUUAGGUUGGCAAAGGUGUUGGGAAGUGGUGUAAUAUAAAUUAACCGUGCUAUCAUGUUAUUUCAAUAGCCAACUAACAAUUACUAAAGCAUUACGCAAGUAUAACUUGGUUUAUUUUCUCAUCACAUCUUAAACUUCCUGUUAUUUAGAGACAGUGGCUAUUAGAAUAUUUUACUGUUUUGUUUGUUUUUGUAUUCAUCAAUAUUUGCUAAACUGAUGUGGAACAUUUUGGGACUUAAAAAGGAAAUUGCUUUCCAGUUAAUCCUGUGAUCCUGGACCUGGUUGGUCCAGGUUUGUAGACAUGAGCAGGUUUCCUCCAAAGUUACAAACAAGACAGCCGAAACUCUUCAUAUCAAAUAAAUCAAACUGUGGAACUGCUCCAUUGAUAAUCAUUUGGAGACUGAUUGCAGAUGCAGUUAUGGUAUUCACAGUGAUUUUAUGGGGAAAUGAACACAUUUCAGCCCCCAUAAAUGACAGGAUUACAAUGAAAUAAAGCUCACUUGGACAUUAAUGCUCCCAACAAUCAUUUUGUGAGUCCAAAAAAUCUCUAAUUAAAGAUUUAUGAGGGGUGAGAAUCGCUGUGUAACUGGCGAUACGAUACGGUCACAGUAACCUAACCCUAACCCACGAUAAUGAUGGUAUCGUGGUUCUGCAAUAUAUUGUAAGAUGAUAAUGUAUGAUACAUCACGAUUUCUGCAACUGAAGAAGAAAAAUCACCCUGGAAAAAGGUGAAAUAAUUUUCCAAUCAGCAGGAAUCAGUCAUAUUUUUCAGUGACUACACAGCAACUGCAACAUGAACACGACAGUUCCAGUUCAAAUACCUGAAGGCAGGGAAUAAAAUACGGCUCACAGAAAUGUGCAUCCAUGCAGAUUAAGUUGAAAAUGCAAAUAUCGAUAACUGGCACAAGUGUAUCAAUAAUGUAUCGCAAGAGGAAGUAUCGCGAUAGUUUGUCCCACAUCUAUGGCUGCCAAGUGAAGCAUCAUCAGUGGAUUUUCAUCAGACUGGUCAGCAAAAAGGGCUGCUACUUUGUGGUUUCACUGUUUUGGACAUCAGAUUUUGACCCUGACCGUCUUGUGUGUGGCUCUGGGAGGAAAGUGCUCAUGACAACAAAUACUGUUUAACUCAGAUCAUAGGGUGACACAGUCGAUGAAUUCUCUUAGGGUGGAUUUUCACUUUAAUUUGGAUUGUGAUGGAAUGUUUUCUUUAUUGUACAAAAUGUCUUUCCCAGGAAAAUAAAAUAUUAGGCACUGA